AUGGCGACCUCCCUAGCCCCCAGGCGGCAACGCCGCGCGACGUCUUCCCUCGCGUCCAAGCUCGCGAUCUUCGCUUGCAUGCUCAUCGCCCUUCUCUGUUUCCUCCCCUCUAGCAGCUUGGUCGCGGCCGAGGAAAAAGAAAACGACUAUGGAACGGUCAUUGGUAUCGAUUUGGGAACGACCUACUCUUGUGUUGCUGUGCAACGCGGAGGCAAGGUAGAAAUCAUCGCCAACGACCAGGGAAACCGUAUCACCCCGUCAUGGGUCGCCUUCACUCAGGAUGAACGUCUUAUCGGAGACGCCGCCAAGAACCAGGCUCCCCAGAACCCCUACAACACCGUCUUUGACGCCAAGCGAUUGAUUGGCCGCAAAUUCGACGACUCGGAUGUCAAGAAGGACACUGCCCACUGGCCGUUCAAGAUUGUGAACAAAGGAGGGAAGCCCAUGAUCCAGGUCGAGCACCGUGGCGAUCUCAAGGACUUUACCCCUGAAGAAGUGUCGGCCAUGAUCCUCACCAAGAUGAAGGAGACUGCCGAGGCGUACCUUGGUCACAAGGUCACCCACGCUGUCGUCACCGUCCCAGCUUACUUCAACGACGCUCAGCGAUCCGCUACCAAGGACGCCGGAACCAUCGCCGGCUUGACUGUCCUCCGUAUUGUCAACGAACCCACCGCCGCUGCCAUUGCCUACGGUCUUGACCGAUCCGAGGCCGAGCGCCAGAUCAUCGUCUAUGAUCUCGGAGGUGGAACCUUCGACGUAUCGCUUCUUUCCAUCGAGGGUGGUGUCUUUGAAGUCCUCGCGACUGCCGGAGACACCCACCUUGGUGGUGAAGACUUUGACAACCGUGUCAUCGACUACCUCGUCAAGCAGUACAAGCGCAAAUCCGACGUCAACGUGACCAAGAACGCCAGGGCAAUGGGCAAGCUCAAGCGCGAGGUCGAAAAGGCCAAGCGCACGCUGUCGAGCCAGAUGAGCACCAAGAUUGAGAUCGAGGCGUUUGAGGGUGGAAACGACUUUGCCGAGACCUUAACUCGGGCCAAAUUCGAAGAACUCAACAUUGACCUUUUCCGUCGCACCAUGAAGCCGGUCGAGCAGGUCAUGAAGGAUGCUGGUGUCAAGAAGGACGAAAUCGACGAUAUCGUUCUCGUCGGUGGUUCCACCCGUAUUCCCAAGGUCCAGCAGCUCCUCAAGGAGUACUUUAACGGCAAGGAGCCUUCCAAGGGUAUCAACCCCGACGAGGCUGUUGCCUAUGGUGCCGCCGUCCAGGGUGGUAUUCUUUCCGGCGAGGAGGGCGGCAAGGGCUUGCUCCUCAUCGACGUUUGCCCCCUUACCCUCGGUAUCGAGACCACCGGCGGUGUCAUGACCAAACUCAUAGGCCGCAACUCGGUCGUCCCCACCAAGAAGUCUCAGAUCUUCUCCACCGCCGUCGACAACCAGCCCACCGUCCGGAUCCAGGUCUUUGAGGGCGAGCGGUCCAUGACCAAGGACAAUAACAUGCUCGGCGAGUUUGACUUGACCGAUGUGCCCCCAGCGCCCCGCGGUGUGCCCCAGAUCGAGGUCACCUUUGAGAUUGAUGCCAACGGUAUCCUCAAGGUUGCCGCGCUCGACAAGGGUACCGGCAAGUCCAAGUCGAUCACCAUCACCAACGACCAGCGCCGAUUGAGCUCGGAGGAUGUCGAGCGGAUGGUCAGGGAGGCGGAAGAAUUUGCCGAUGAGGACGCGGCGCUCAAGAAGAAGAUUGAGUCGAUGAACGCCCUGCAAAACUUUGCCUUCUCCCUUAAGUCCCAGGUGGCCGACACCGAGGGUAUGGGCGGCAAGCUUUCGGGCGACGACAAGAGCACCAUCCUCGCCGCCGUCAAGGAGGCGACCGAGUGGCUCGACGAGAACCCGUCUGCCGAGGCUGAGGACUACGAGGACAAGCUCUCGGAGUUGCAGUCCAAGGUUGCUCCCAUCACGAGCAAGCUCUACUCUGGCGGCGGUGGCGGUGGCGACGAGCAGAUGCCGUUUGGCAGUCACGACGAGCUCUAA